GUCAACCAGCUCAUAGCCCUCAACCUGGAAAGCGACUUCGAUAUCUGCAGGUACCGCCUCGCUUGCAAGUCCACACUCGCCGCGGUUGACGAAGAUGGUUGGUCGUUCUGGCGACGCCGCUUCCGCGCCUCCUUCGAGCCUCCUUCGUGGACCGACCGCGGCAACUUUGUGUACAAGCGGGCAUACCAGAAACGGCGCAAAGCGCUUAUGUAUGGCGCUAAAUUCGAGUCGGCUGUUGGACGGAAGAAGCCAGUCCCAGAUGAGGUCCGGAAAGGCACACUCGCACUCGAGGUACUCCGAGACCUCAUCAAGGACGAUGCAGAUGGAGAUAUGGUCUACGAGUCAGUCAAUCUGGCUCACCUCGAGAACUUCACAAACAACCAUGACUUGCUCAACGUUGUCCUGUUCGGCGUGUGCCGGGUAUUAAGCGACGCCGCAGGCCUUCCGAAGCCCCUUCUACAGGCUGUCCAAGUCGUGCUCUCGCCGUUCCUGUUCCGUCUCGAUCGACACCUUCAACACUACAGCUUUCCGGACUCACAGCAAGUGGUCUAUGCUACCGCAGAGACGUCUGAAAUAUUUGGCGGUCUACAUGGUCUAGAGAUUGAUAUGGAGUGGGUUUUGCACCACAUCAACUUCUGGAAGUACCACAUGGUACGCGAGGCCGAAUGCACACUAUUCGAAGCUUUCAGUGAGCUCGAUGUGGAAGACCGGCCCAGGCUUUGGGACCAGAAGCUGAAGCAGGGCGGGAACAAGCUUGGCGUACACUGGAAGGGCAGCUAUGCUUACGUUGAACGCAAUGUGAUCCAAAGGAUCCGCAAAGGACAAGGUCACAAGAGCCAGAUUCCUGACGAGUUCGCGGGUGACUCGCAGACAGCGUGCUUCCAGGACAUGCGUCUUGAUCUCGUUGACGACUCCAUCUGGCCUCCAUUGUUUGAAGAACACCUUCACUCGCUCGCUCCGCCCGAGAAUCGUCUUAAGACCCGAGCUCAACAUCGCACCACAGUCACGAGAAGCCUCGCGCCUUUUAAACCCAUAAACUUCCAGUUCAGUGGAGAAGGUCAUGACUCCACGGAGGCCUUCCGCGCUCGAGGCUGGCUGAACGCAUUGCCGCCGCAGCAAGGCAUACCAGGGUGGCAGCGCAUGACGAUGAUGAAGUAUUUUGAGGAUCCAGACACCGGCACCAUUGACGAGGAUGCGAUGUGGGCCUACGAAGGCGUCGUCCUGCCAGGCGGGCAGAUAAUAAUCGGCAGAUGGUGGUCGCCAGGUGACGGUAGAGGAGAGCACAUGUACUCUGGACCCUUCAUCCUCUGGUGUGUGGAUGGGCCAAGGUAUGCGGGAGACGCAACGUCGCAAGUUGACGAUGAUGACCUGCCAUGA